CUCAUAUACCUUUGUAGCACUCAUGCCUUAAUACCCCCUGAAUACCCAACCACUCCCCCUGUCCUCCUCCAUCAUCCUCUCUCUGAUUCAGUUGCAGAGAUGUCUCCCACCGUCGCCCGUCUGCAACUUAUCCAGAACGAAAAAUUCUACUCUCGAGUCCUCUCUAAAGAAACCUCCGCCUCAAAUCCCUCCUUCCGCGUCUACUAUGGCGUCGCCGCCGGCUCCGUUCCCUUCCUCUGGGAAUCCCAACCAGGCACACCGAAACACGCCAUGGCCGACUCCUCACUCCCCCCUCUCACCCCUCCUCCUUCCUACUACUUCUCCUCCAAUAAAAAAGCAAACUUUAUCAAAUCCCACAAGCAGAGCUUAUUCCAAGCCAUGCUCCCGAGGCUCAGGAAGCCCCACGCCCCGCCGCCGCCGCUGGCGUCAGCUUCCUCCUCUUCAGGAUCUCACCGGAGAGCUCGUUCAUCCUCAAGCACCAUCUCGUCUUUCUCAUCCAACUCCAGGGUUGAUGAAGAGGAGCAGGAAGAAGGCCUGUCACCCACCUCGACGCUCUGCAUCGGCGAGCGGCGGGGAUGCUACUCCAUGAUUGGGAUGAAAAAAGCUCUGCUUUCGAUUGUAGGGAGCGGAUCAUGUCAUCGCCCAGCUGCGUGAGGUGCUUGGAUUUGGUUUGUGAUGGUUUUCUCCACUUUGAUUCUUUUGUGCUCUGUUCUGUUUAGAGGUUUUAAUUAUAAUGUUUAACUAAGUGGUUGGAUCUUCAUGUGGAAGAAGAAAGUUGGAUCUUUUAUGUAUUUGUAGUGAUAUUGCGCCGUGUUAUCGAAUGAUAAUUACAGGCUUUUCAUACUUUCGUCUUCAAUUAAGCUUCGUUAUGUGCAGUAAAAAAAAAAC